AUGUGGAUCCCCAGUCUCAUCACUAUGAAGGAUGAAGAGAUACUUGACUUGGUGGGGGAUCCCCAAGACAGCCUUAUUCCUGGACCUUCUCCCAUGCCUGGCCAAAAGCCAGUUUGUAAUGAGACUUGCUUUGGACACCAAGACUGUCCCCUAAAAGGAACUUGAUUUGAAUCUGUGCAUUGCCAAGGGCAAGGAGCUGAGAACAUGGAGAGAGAGAAGUUUCAGCAGAAGGCUCUGAAGCAAACUAAGCAGAAGAAAUCCAAGUCGGCUGAAUUUCUGAUGGUUAAAGAAGAUAGAGAAGCUACAGAAGGCAUUGGAAAUCCAGCUUUUAACAUGAGCAGUCCAGAUCUCUCAGCCCAUCAGACUGCAGAAAAGAAAGUUAUUAGAGGUGACAUGCCGGAUUGCACCCUUGCAGCUCCCCAACAAAAAUUCAGGCUGCCAGCCUCUGCAGAAGCAAAAGGAAAUGAAUACAGCAGAAAUUACUUUGACCCACUGAUGGAUGAGGAAAUAAACCCAAGGCAGUGUGGGAUGGAGGUCAGCAGAGAAGAUGAGGGCGUCCAGGAGGAGACGUUGGAUUCUGAAGCACCUACGAGUUUCCAUAAGAGUCAUGAGAUCCACAAAGAGGCAGAUGAAGCCACUCCUGCUUACCGUGAGGAGUUUGAAAGAUGUGCUCAGAAGGACAUCAUUCUGCUCGGAAGUUCUCCAUUCGAACAGAUCAGCAUUAAGAAUAUAUCAAGACACGAUUUGAAAUUUGAAGGGGAAGGACUCAACCAGUACAUUCCUAUGUCAUGUUUAAAGACUGACAAAACGUUUGAGAGAAAAUAUCAAACUCCUCAGUUCUGUGUAGAAACUUCCAAGGUCUGGAUGUCGUCUCGGCUCCUCCAUGCCAAUGUCGGAGGCACAGGGGUAGCAGGUUCCCAGACAGUUCCCAAGUUGGAAAACAUCCAAUCGUGUUGUGGUUCCAAAGGCAACCCUUUUUGUGACUUGCCAUUAUCAAUCUCUCUUUCAUCUUUUCUUUUUUAUAACUGCUGCAGAACUCCAAGUCAGCCAUUCACUGCAGACCUAAAUGUUAGCAAAAAGGACAGCAUAGCCCAGCUUGGCAUCCUCAAAGAAGUAACUAAUGACUCAAAGGGAGCAGCAGGACUCUGCUGGAAGUUCCUGCCCGACUCCGACUCCAGACCCCGGCCUGCCGUGGACGCUGCUCAGCCCGGGUCACCUGAGCCCCUUCAGAUACACAUCAGAUGUCUGAGGGGCCUCAAAGACAAGGCUCCGCAAGGCUCUUACCUCCUCAGAGUGUCCCUGCUUGGGCGACUGGGGGGCCGUGUCUCGCCCUGGUGGCAAACGCAGCAGCUGCAGACCAGAACACAUGCAGUCGGGCACGGCGGCAACUUCUAUGACGUGGGGCUGUAUUUCCACGAAACCCUUUACGUGGUACUUCCUCAAAAGAAAGACGUGAAACCUGGCAUGGCUUUCUUGUUUGAACUCUUUCUCCUGCGUGGAACAUGUGCUCACCUCCACCAGGUCGUGGGCUGGGCAGUGUUCCCUUUGUGUGAUAACAACUUCCACGUAGUGGAGGGAAAAUUCAAGUGUCCCCUUCUCCGAGGACCUUAUGACCAGAAACUCAGCAACUUCAGGAUAAUUGAAGAUUUAAUUUGUCUGGACUUGGACCACUGGCUGUGCAAUCUCUAUUUUCAGGUAAUUAAACUUCCUUUGCAUUUGGAUGAUCAAGAAAACCACGAAAGCCAUACUCAGCUUUCCCCGGAAUUUCCGGUUUUUCUAAUGGCUAAACCAGAGACAGCAGAAUCAGGGGUGGACAAUACCGCUGGCCUCUCAGAGAAAGAAAUGGAGAGAAACAGGCGUGCAUCAAUGGAUCAUGAAGCUGAAGGCACUUUGCAUUCUUCUUGGGGGAGCAUUUCUCAUAAAAUUGAUCCCUGCCCUAUGGAUUGUGAUCUCAAUCUCUUAAAAGAAGACCAUGAAUUACAUUCUAAGGGGAAUAGCCUGACUGAUCAUUCUGAGAAGGAAAAAUCAACUAUUUGGAGAACUGGAGAACCUGGAGAUUUUUCACGGGAUCUGUCUUACUUGGAGGAACUAGAGGAAUACCGAUUUUCAGUUUGCUGUUCUUCAGGUGGUGAUAGUAGUAGAUCUGGAAAAUUCUUCAAACAUCUCCAUUUUGUGCUGGUGUCAGUAUUUUCAGAACUUCAAUUAGCUCAAUGGCAAAGCCAGGGCUUCUGGUACAUUAUCCUGCUGAUGGCUUCUCUCUGGUUCCUGAGGCUCUACCUGCAUUACCUGGGCCAGUGGCUUUUCCUCCAGGCCAUUUCAACUCCUGUUACAAAAUUCCAUUUUUCUCCUCACACUGUUGAGCUUUGCUACCCAACUUCUUCACUUCACAUCGGAGAGGAGUUGCCUGUGGUCGUGGUUGGGCCUUUAAUGCUGAACGCAGUCGUGUUGCUUUUGGUUCUGAUCAGAUGGGGCUGUCGGCUGCUGUUUGCCUCCUGCCCUGAUGCCUUGUCAAAGUUAAUCACUACCAUGGGCCUAUGGACAGUUCUAGACCCAUUGGCAGUGUUCAUAGUGGAUACUCUCCUGGGGCGGCUUACACCUAGUGGGGAGACUCCUGUAGCUGAUGCAGCAAAACUCUACUGGAUGUUUGUAAGGACCAUGCAACCGGGCCUUCUUGGCGUGGUGAUCACAGGGUUACUUUACAGCCUCCUGUUCAUCAUUUCUUCUUUGAUUUUCUAUGUGUUCUGUCUCAGGUUGCACAAUGAUUCUUGGAUAUUAGAUGUAUUUCAGCGCAUCCACAGUGAAGAAGCCAAGUUCUUUAUACCAUAUGAUUUGGAGAUUUCCAAUCAGGAGCUAAGUUACAUAGUGAAGAGAUCAGAGCAGUGGAGAGGAAUCACUGGUGAAAGAAGGAAGAGAGAACUACAUUCAAACCAAAGACAAGAUCCAGUGUUCAAGUGUGAUGAUAAAAUGGGAUGCCUGGCAAAUAUUCCUCGAAAUCUUAAAAAGUGUAAGCACUCUGGAAGCCUAGGCUCACUGAAAGUCACCAAAUUAGAAGUUUGGUUAACAGAUGAACAGUGA